GAACCAGUGUCAUCAAACUAGCUAGCGGAGAAAGUACUACACAAUAUAGUAAAUAUAAAGAUAGCUGUGCGAAUGCACACGCAAGUACAUACAAACAUACAUGCAUGCAUACAAAUACACAAUUUAAUACAUUUAUAUAUACAUACAUUCAUACAGGUACAUUCGUCGUGACAGUUACAUACAUUCAUAUAGAUACUUAAAUCUAUAUAGAUAUUUAAAAAUGAAGUAUGUGCAGUUGGUGAUCGGUCCGGCUGGGAGUGGGAAGUCCACCUAUUGUAGCACAAUUCAAGAGUAUUGCGACAAUAUUGGAAGGACAGUUCAUGUGUUAAAUCUGGAUCCAGCCGCGGAACACUUCAGUUAUAGAGUAUCUUUAGAUAUCCGGGAUUUGGUUUCACUCGACGAUGUAACGGAGGACGAGGAGCUCAACUUCGGCCCCAAUGGUGGCUUACUGUAUUGCAUGGAAUUUCUGACGGAGAACCUGACGUGGCUUAGGGAUGAGCUCGAGGAUUACGACGAAGACUAUAUCAUCAUAGACUGUCCAGGUCAGAUUGAGUUGUAUUCGCAUUUCGACUAUAUGAAGACGCUCGUCACAGCUUUGCAGGAGUGGGACUUCCGGGUUUGCUGUGUAUAUUUAAUGGAUGCACAGUUUAUGGCAGAUAGCGCCAAGUUUUUCGCGGGCGUGUUAAGUGCGCUGUCUGCGAUGAUUCGUUUGGAGGUACCGCACGUCAAUGUUCUAACGAAGAUGGAUUUAGUAGAUAACCCCAGGAGUCGACAGGUGGAAAGGUUCUUUCAGGCGGAUUCGACGCUUUUGACAAUCGAUGGAGCGAGCCAUCUCUCCGAAAAGUUUUACAAACUAAACGAAGCGAUAGCUGGUCUGGUAGAUGAGUGGAGUAUGGUUAGCUUCCUGCCCAUAGAUCGCACGGAUUCAGAUAGUAUUUCCAUAGUAAUGCAACAAAUAGACAACGCUGUGCAGUACGGUGAGGAUGCAGAGCCUAAGGGUGAAGUACCGGAUUUCGAGGACGAGCAAAGAGACGAUUAGUAUUACAAAUUACAUUAAACAUAAAAAGCGCUGGAUGUGUAAAUAUCACGAAUUCAU